AUGACUGAGACAAGUGUUACUUCAAGUGGGGGUGAGGGAGGCAAGACGGACAAAGACCAGCAGCAUGGUGCACCGCCCGGUAUUCUUGUCUCUCAAACCUCUUCUGCCCUCUUCUCUGCUGCGUUGCGUGAUGCAGCCCGUUCUACUCUUGGUAAUGAAGGUUUCUCCAUUCAUUCUCCUGCCUUAGAAAAUCUUUUUUUCAUUGGCACUAAUGGAUCGAAGCUUGGUGUCAGCCUUUCUGGCUUCAGCUCUGCAUGGAAUCUACCUCCUCAUCAUGAGGCCUAUUAUGAUGCUACGUUGUGGAAUGCCAUUAAGCCUAAGACCGGAACUGUCAGUCCACGUUUCACGUAUGAGCGCUUUACGCGAACAUUGUCUCUAUCUCUGUCGGAGUGUGUUGGAAACACUGCUCCGAUUCGUCUAUAUGCUUACUGUGGUUUCCUGCCAAGACCUAUUGCCGAUACCAUCAAGACUGCCCUUCUCUCCAAAGUUUCUCCCGAUGGAACUGCAGUGGAUGGUAACUCUGAUGUUCUGGUGUGGCGUCAAAUUCAGAAGAUCACCUUUAAGCCCAAAGAUGAGAUUCCAGCAGAUGAACUCCGCGUCCUUUACCAACGUUAUGUUGAUAGUUGCCAAGGUAUCCUCAACAAGGCUGAUGCUCAACUCAAGGAAGUCCAAGAACUCGAGUUGCCUAAUCUUAGGCAUCCUCUUAACCUUCUGAAGCAAUGGCAUCUCUACCACAAGCUAUCGAGCACGGAGAUAGUCUGGUUGGCAUCCCAUCCAUCUGGUGUGAUCCUUACCUGGGCAACGAGGCGUCUUCUCUACGGUGCUCUCCUCCGUGCGACUCCUCUUUUUCAUGAUUCUGAUAUUGGUUUUGCUGAGUUUAUUGAUAAACUUGAGCACUCGGCACAGGGUGACCCUGAUACCUUUCUUACUGCCUUAUCGAAGCUGGCUAAACGUGGUGGUUACUCCUCAAUUGACAAGUUUCUCAAGCUGAAGGGCCGUCAACAGCAGCGUACGGGAAGCAGCCAUUGA